AUGGAAAAACUUACUUUCCAACCACCAUCACGAGCAUUAUGGCAUGAUCAUAUAUUUUUUUUGGGUGAUUUUAAUUAUCGUUUAAUAAUUCCACGUGGAGAAGUUGAACGAUUUGUUCAAGAUCAAUCUUAUAUAGAACUACUUCAAUAUGAUCAAUUAAAAAGAGAACAUGCCGACAAAAGAGUUUUUCAUGAAUUUCUUGAAGGUCCAAUAAAUUUUCCUCCAACUUAUAAAUACGAUGUCAGUUCAGAUGUGUAUGAUACCAGUGAAAAAGCUCGUACACCAUCAUAUACAGAUCGUAUAUUAUGGCGUAGUAUAUCUCAUAAUAUUCAAGUUAAACAAUUAUAUUAUGGCCGUGCUGAAGUUAAAACAUCUGAUCACCGUCCUGUUAAUUCAAUUUUUGAUGUUGAUAUUGAAAUAUGUGAUGAAAAGAAACUCUAUGGCGAAUAUGUUCAACUACAUAAAAGACUUGCACCAUCAAAUGCACUUAUUAUUUAUGAUAUGCGAGCUGAUUUAAAUCAAAGAAAACUUCAAGUAAUGGAUGAAUUUGAUGCAUAUGUCAGAAGAAAAUAUGGAACAGCUGUAUCAAUUAUUGAUCGAUUUUGUACUUCAAAUCAGAGAUAUCUUUCAUUACAUAUGUUUUUUGAAAAUGGUGAACAUGCUCGAAGAGUUAUGCAACCAAAAGAGGAUCAACUUCCUAGUGGAAUUUACUUCAGUAAACGUUUAAUAGAUUUAAAUGAAGAUAUUGCUUUGACUCAAAAAUUAAAUAUUCUUUUUGCUGAUGAUAAUCAAACAAUGGAUCCAGAAACGACUAAUUAUGAUCUUGGUGCUUAUCAACAACCAGCUCGUGAAUCUCUUUCAACAUUACAAGAUAUCAGUGUAACUACUCUUGUUAAUCAAACAUUUCCAAGAAUAAGUUCAUUACAAUUUAAAUUCGAUGAACAAGAAAACGAAGAUAUUGAAAAACUUUAUUUAGUCGAUGAAAUUCAACAUAAUUUUGAACGAUUUCGACGUCGUCAUGGAAAUAUUAUUCUUACAGAUUUUGAUGAAAAUAAUCAUACAACUAACGAUUUAUUAAACAAGGAUAAUGAUAGACAUUCAUCAUAUAUUCCGGAUGAUGAACAUCAAUUGGAUUGGGAAAAUAGUGAUUCUGAAUCAUUAAAGACUCAUUUAAAAGAACGUGUUCGACAUUGGCAAAACAAACAUGAUCAUACACAUAAAGAAAACUAUAUGAAACAGCACGGAAAUCAAGCAAAUGAUCGACAUACUCAUAGGGAAAAAGUCAAAAUUCCCGGUGAAGAAUCGUCAUCGGGUGGUGGAAAUGAUACAGAUGAAAAUUAUCAAGAAGAUACUGUUGGUGAAUUGAUUUCAUUUGAUUCUGAUCAUCAUGCUUUACAUGAUUUUUCAUCGAACAAUAACCUUCAAAGUCAACAGAUGGAUGCAUUGUUUAGUGAAAACUUGUUUGAUCCAUAUCAUUUUUCUUCUCAACCUGUAUCAAAUAAUACUAAAACAAAUGGUGAUAAUCUUCUUUUAUUAGAUAAUCAUUCACAAUCAGCUGGAUCGACUUUUUAUAUUGAUUCAUUAAAAAUUUCUUCUACUCCACCUCUUCGUCAAACUGAUUCACCACCAUUGAAUAUGUUUUCGACAUCUUUAGUAAAUCCAACACAUUAUGAAAAUAAUAAUAAUCGUAGUACAUUUUAUUGUCAAUCACCAUCACAAUUUGUGCCUACUCGACCACCACCACCGGUACCUAUUGCUGCUACUUCUGCACCUGCUCCUAUUCCUAAUAACGAUAUUCAACGACCAGUGACACUAAAAAUUCUUAAUUCAAAUCCAUUUGAUAAUAACAAUGAGACAAUAAGUGAUUUACUCGGUUUAGGAGAUCCAGGUUCACCACCUCCUAGUCCUAAAUUUGAUCCCUUUGGUUGA